AUCUGUGGGAAAGGACGGGCGGUAGUGAUUGGUUGUGGGUACACUGCCCAUUGCGGUGCUGUCGGGGAAGGUUUGCUCGGUUAAGUUGUAAGAGCCAUUGCAAGUCUUGUUCAGUGAUAUUUCGCUUCGAAUGAGAACCUGCAUAUGUUGUCGGUUGACAUUUUUAUAGAAUGUCAGCAUGUUCAAUCUUGCCAAGAAAGGACAUGCCGCCGUUGAUGUCAAAAAGUCCAUUCAGAAGAUUCUCGACACCAAGAAGGACUCGGCGACUCGCCUGAAACACCUUCGCAUCAUAUUGGAAAAUGUUGACCUUGUGGAAGCAAAAUAUAUUUUUGAGACCCACUACAGCCACAUCUACUACCUCUUCUAUGAUGUCUUUGCUGCAGCUGAGGCCAGCGUCAAGAUUAAGCCACACCGGGCGCACCGCGAAGACGUGGAGUCGGUGCUCUACAUCCUGGAGCACAUCCUGCUGCUGCUGCCUGAGCUGCUGCAGCAGCGCUGGCAGCUGCACAGCGUCAGCCGGGUGAUGCGCACCCUGCUGCACCCGGGCAACAUUCUGCGGCUGCGGCGCGAGGCCAUGAGGAUGUUCCUGAUCUGGUUCCAAGAGGUGGGCGAGCAAGCCUCGGAUGAACUGCUGUCGAUGUUCGCCACCCUGGUGCCGGGCUUCCCUCCGCCUGCGUCUCACGCGGCCCCACAGAGCGCGCCACGAGUGUCACCCGCCCACCCGGACAACAGGCACGUGGGCCCAGUGGACGUGGCGCCCAUCCUGCCGCCGCAGGGCGUCGAGAAGGCCUCUGACGACCUGACCCGGUUCUUCCUGGAGUGCCUCAUGGACAACAUGGUCACGCAGCUCACAAGGAUAGAGUGGAAGGACAAGGCGUACCAUGUGCGCUGUUUUAACUUUCUGUUCGACAACUUCAAGCAGUUCUAUCUUCCGCACAUAUUUCCCGACUUCAACUGGCACACGAACCUGUACAGGCCAACGCUGACGCUGCCCGAGCUGCGCCGCCAGCGCUCGCCGAUGGCUAGCUCUGUGGACGGCGCGCCGCGGCCGGCCGACCGGCUCGUCUCCUGCCGCGUCGUCGUCAUCCGCUGGGUGGCCAACUUCGUCGACGCGCCCGCCUCGCUGCACAGCCUCGCCUCCGACUCGAGCGGCGGCGCCGCCUUCGGACCAGUGGAGCCCUGCGGCCGGCACCAGCCGGACCAGGCGGCGCUCGUGCGCACCGUGCUCUUCGCCAGCCGGCAGAACGUCAACUUCGUCCACGAGGUGUUCAGGCAGGCGUUCCUGCUGAGCUGCCACUACUCGGCCGCCAUCAAGCGAGUCGUGCUCGUCUACAAGGACUGGAUCCAGAUCAACGUGCAGCUGCCGCCGUUCCUGCUGGAGCCCGCCGAGCUGACGCUGGACGGCCGAACGUCGGUACACGCAGAGGACGUGCGGGACUCGGCCCGGCCGCCGGGCCGCGCCGCUGCCGCCGCGGAAGGCUCGGCCGGACUCUCCCAGAGCGUGCGCGCCGGCCUGCAGAAUACACUACAGCUGUUCAUCACCAACUCGGCCAACAUCUUCCUGCUGGAGCCGAGCCCCGAGUACCGCGGCCACUACAUGGAGGACCAGGUGGAGCUCUGCAAGCGCAUCCUCAACAUGUACCGCUACCUCGUCAUGAACGUCUACAUGUCGCAGGCCACCUGGGAGCAGCUGUUGCUGGUCCUUCUGCAGGUCACCACUCAGACUCUGUCCGGCGAGCCGGCCGUGAAGGCGCGCGAGCAGACGCUCGGCGCCAUCCUGGCCCGGCCGCUGUUCCAGACCCUGAUAGUGACCUGGGUGAAGGCGAACCUGAACGUGGCCGUCAGCGUGGAGCUGUGGGACCAGUUCCUGGGCACGCUCUCCUCGCUCACCGCCUGGGAGGAGCUCAUCAAGGAGUGGGCCAAAACGCUGGAGACUCUGACGCGCGUGGUGGCGCGCCAGGUGUACGAGCUGGACCUCAACAACCUGCCGCUGGACCGGCUCACUGAGCAGAAGAGCAAGCGCCGACGCGGCCGCACUGACGGCCACCAGUCGGCGGGCGCCUGGAGUCGACCGACGCCGCCGGCCGAGAGCAGGGACCACGGUGACGGGCCGGCGCGGCGCGCCUCGCUCCAGCCGCCGGACGACGCCCACUCGCAGCACGGCUCGGCCAGCAGCCAGCCGGGCGUGUCGCCGCACCCGCGGAAGCGAUACACCAGCGGGCUGGGCGCGCCGGCCGGCCUGGCGCCGGCCCGGCUGGUGCGCAGCCUCUCCGAGGGCAGCCUGGCGCCCAGCCUGUUGGCCGUCGAGCUGGUGGCGCCGACGGCCGGCCGCGCCUUCCCGCUGGCCGAGCCGGGCCCCAGGAAGGUCUGGCGCUCGGUCGACUCGCUGCGCUGCAGAGUGUCGCUGCACUCGCAGGCCUCGGAGCCGGAGCUGCACUCGCGCUCGCCGUCGCCGUCCAGCGGCCUGGAGACCAACUCCAUCAAGGAGUCGCCCAUGGCGCUGGACUUCGCCGCCGACGGCAACAGCAUCGACACCACCGACAGCGGCGCCUCCGAGCACCGAUCCGUCAUGUCUGGCGGCACCCUGCGCGGCUGGAUGCCGGACGUGGCCGUGGUGCUCUGGCGUCGCAUGCUCGGCGCUCUCGGCGACGUGAACCGGAUUCAGAGCCCGGCCGUGCACGCGCAGGUGUUCGACUACCUGAUCGAGCUGAGCGAGACGCUGGUGAAGAUCGAGGACAACCUGGGCGUGUCGGCCGACAACCAGUCCACGUGGUGGCCGGCCGAGCUGGUGCCGCCGCUGCCGCUGCUGGUGCCCUGGUGCCUGGAGGCGCUGCGACUGCCGGACUCGCACCAGGCGGGCCGGCUGCGCGCGCUGCGCCUGCUCUGCCUGCUGCUGGUGCGGCGGCAGCCGGCGCCGCUGCCGGCCGCCGCCGCCGCCCAGCUGCUGCGCGCCCUGCACGUGGGCCUCAGCUCGUCGCGGCCGGACGUGGUGCACACGCUGCUGCGACAGUGCGGCGCUGGCUUCCUGGCGCUGGAGCUGCCGGCCGCCUCGCUGCUCGUGCUCGACUUGAUCCACGCGUGCACGGCCGUUACCGCCAGCCAGGAGCUGCACGGCGUGCCGCGCACAGAGGCCGUCUCCAUACUGGGCAGCCUGGUGUGCUACCCCAACCGCUGGCCGCAGCUGCAGGCGCUGCAGCCGCGCACGCUCGAAAUGAACGUCGUGCCCUGCUCCGACCUUAAGGACAGUGUGGUGGCGGCGCUGCUACGGUGCGGCAAGCGCGAGCCGUCUGUGACAGCCCGCUGCACGGCGCUCGUCUCGCUCGCCGUCUACCUGUACGAGGAGCUGAUGCACGCCACCGGUCACGACAAGGUCAAGGAUGCCAUCCACAUCCUGCUCAGCGCACUGAAGUGCAACAGCCGGGCGGUGGGCCAGGUGGCGGCCGACAUGUUGGUGCUGCUGACGGACCACGCCUCGCUGCUGCUCCGGCUGGCCCCGGACGUACCCCGCCGCGUUGUGGAGGUGAGUGCCGCCACGCUGGAGUCGCUGGUGCAGGCGAGCGCCGAGCCGUCGCCGGAGGAGCGCUGGCUGCUGGUCUCGCUGAUCUUCUGCCUCGGCGAGUGGUGCAUGAAGCUGCCGAUUGACGUGCUCACCGAGCCCGACCAGCAGGGCAAGUCGCUGCUGCUGCGCGUCUUCAAGGCCCUAUCCGGAGGGGAGGUGCCGGCGUCUUCUCUUCACCCCCAGCCCAAUAUUACGCUUACAGUCACUGACCCGUACCAGCAGGUUGGCAUGCUCCCACGGAGGCCGCGUGGGCAGGCCCUUUGGCCUUCCAAGCACACAGACUCCGUUAAUGCGAACUGGCUCUACCCCCUGUACAUACGGCGUUGGCGGUGUCUUGAACUCUGCACUGCGUUCGUUUUGCUGGGCUACCCUGUGCUGCACGUGGUGGUGGGCGACCCGUCGCCGUCGUCCGGCUCGCAGUCGGCCGACUCGCGGCUCUCGUCCGACGCCCGGGACAGCGGCCCGCAGGGCGGCGGCACCGUCGGGCUGGCGGCGCGCGCGGUGAUCUCGCACCUGGUGAACCACCUGGACCACUUCCCGAUGCUCUGCGGCGCCGUGCGGCUAGGCUCGCUCGUCUCCGAGCAUGAUGACCUGCCGCUGCUGGCGGCGCGCGACGAGCUCAGCUCGGACAUCUUCUACGCGCCCAACGUGCAGUUUUUCGUUCUGAACAACCGUUCGCUGCUGUCGCUGGUGGAGCUGCCAUCUCUGGAGGUGCCGGGCGGCGGGGUCACGGCCGGCCUGCGCACCGCCCACUCCCAGGUGCGCGUAAUCCUGCGGGACCUGGGCGGCAAGUUCUGCUGGGACGCUUCCGUUCUGUACGGCACCAUCAGCCAGCUGCACUCAUUCAGCGCAGAGUCGGCGCCGCUGCCUGCUGCCCGGCGCGCGCCGCCGCCCAUGGCGCACAGCAAGUCGGAGGAGUCGCUGCUGGGCGGCGGCCUGCCGGCGCCGCCGCGCUCCGCCGUGCGGCACCGGGGCCGCGGCGCGCUGCCCUCCUGGCACGACACAGAGGGCGACAUGGACAACCUGGACGACCUGCUGCUGUACCUGGACGACACGUCGCCAGAGUGCGCCUCCGCCGCGGACGCGGCGUCGGUGCUGCCGUCGGUGCUGGGCCAGGAGCGGCACGUGGAGGCCAUCAACGCCCUGCUGAGCCAGCGGAGCGCCGAGCUUGAGACGGCCCGCACCGUCGACAACAGGUACAGCCGGCUGCUGUUUAGCCAGCUGGGGCUGAGCGGCUGGGCGCGUCGGCCGCACAUCCACUUGCUGCGCAAGUCGGAGCGGCUGCUGCGCGAGCUGCGCAACCUCGACAACCAGAAAUGCCGCGAGACGCACAAGAUCGCCGUCAUCUACGUGGCGCUGGGCCAGGAGGACAAGCGCUCGAUCCUGGCCAACUCCGCCGGCAGCCAGCAGUUCGAGGAGUUCGUGGCUGGGCUCGCCUGGGAGGUGGAGCUGGAGACGCACACGGGCUUCAUGGGAGGAUUGCAGCGCAACGGCACCAGCGGCGAUACGGCGCCCUACUACGCCACCUCCUUCACCGAGUGCCUCUUCCACGUGUCCACGCGCAUGCCGUCCCACACGGAGGAGGCGCUUCUCCAGAAGACCCGGCACCUCGGCAACGACGAGGUGCACGUGGUGUGGUCGGAGCACGGCCGCGACUACCGGCGCGGCAUCAUCCCCACCGAGUUCUGCGACGUACUGCUCGUCAUCUACCCGCUCGAGAGCGGCCUCUUCCGCAUCCAGCUCUCCCGAAAGCCGGAGGUGCCGUUCUUCGGGCCGCUCUUCAACGGCGCCAUCGUGGGCCGCAAGAUCCUGCCCGGUCUGGUGCGCGCCACCGCUCUCAACGCGUCCAGGGCCAAGCGCAGCAUGUUGCCGCACUACCUGAACUUUUUCGAGGAGCGCUCGCAGGCGCUGGAGACGCUGGUGGCCAACCACCGCGAGCUCUCGACGUUCGAGGAGCUGGUGGGCAGCGUCUACAGUCCGGCGCCGCCUCUGCCCGACAGCUUGUCCGAGCGGAGUACAGAGCGGGCGGGCUACUUCCCAGGCUUGUCCGAGCGGAGUACAGAGCGGGCGGGCUGUGUCGGCGCCGGACCACUGGGCCGGCAGCUGACCAGCCCCUCCACCCGCCGCUGGGGUGGUUUUGCCGCCGCCUGA